CUCAUCUAUCAUUGCGCACUCGUCAUCAUAUCUCUAUCACCUAUAUAUCGUCUUAAAUGUUCUUAACAUUAUCAUUCUUGAGCUUGAGCUUGACUCAGCUUCGAAAACUAGCUCAAUCUCAAAAUCAACACCUAUAACAAUAAUUUGAGUUUUUCCCCUUAACUCAAUUCCAAAAAUUAGCUCAAUCAAUCCCACUAUCAAUAUCUAUAAUAGCAACCUGGGCUCUUUUCUCGACUUAGCUUCAAAAACUGGCUCAAUCUCAACAUCAUCAACAACAACAAAAUUAGCAUCACCAGUACCACCACCACCACCAUCAUUUCAAUUGGAUGUGGAACCCUAAGGAUGCCGAUGAUUCGUGGGAAGUUAGGGCUUUUGAGGAAGAUACUGGCAAUUCCAUGGGUGCAACUUGGCCACCAAGGUUCUAUAGUUGCACCUUUUGUCGGAGAGAGUUCCGGUCCGCCCAAGCCUUAGGUGGUCACAUGAAUGUGCACCGUAGUGACCGUGUCAGGCUCAAUCAAACACCGUCACAUGCUUCAAAUAGCUCCACAAUUAAUUUCCCCAAUGUCAAUUCUACCCUCCUUAUCCAAAAUCAAGAAUUCAUCCAAAAUGGUGGACUUUGCUUUCUUUACUCCAUGCCUAAUUAUCAUAACCCUAAUCAUACAACAAUUAAAUCUAGUAAUGUGGAUCCCUCAAAUAUUCUCUCCAAUAUCUCACCCUUUUUGACAAAUAAUUUGAUGUCUCCUUGCACUAUUCCAUCUUCAAAUUUUCAGCCUCACAACAUCAGCUCAUCAUCAUUUAACACAAGUGAACAUUCAGCAUCUAAUAGUACUAGUAACGACAAUAAUCGCGAUAAGAGGGAUUCAACCAUUGAAGAUGAGAUUGAUCUUGAGCUCAGGCUAGGAUGGAGAUCAGCAACACCAAGAUGACAAGCCAAGAAAUUACAAGGUGUAACACAUAUAUAUUGUGGGGGUUGAUUCCUUCGAUGGACACUCAACUAAUAUCUAUUUCUGAGAUAGUAAUUGUUACUUGAAUGACCAUACGAGAAAUCAACUCCAAAGUUGUGGUUAAUUUGUUUCCUAGACUUGUUGUAAGAAGUGAUUUUAUUUUCUCUUUCACGGAUUGAUUUAAUUAUUUGUUGGGCUAGCUGGGACAGUACUGAGGAGUAAUUAAUAGUAGUAAUUGUAAUGAUGAUAAAAAAGUUUUUAGGGUUGGAAUCCGAGCUAGACUGUUAAAAGAAGG